AUGCACCAGCCUCGCCCUACUUUCGACCGCCUCCAUAUCCUCCGUGGGCAUGUGGUUCAACUUGGCCGCGUAAACGCGCUGGCUCGACAGGUUCAGCGUCAGGGCCAGCCCGGGGAGCGCCGCUCCGUGGCGCGCCACGAGCAGCUCAACGCCGCGCGCCCACCCCCGGACGACCGAUGCCACGGCGCCGUCGCGCGCGAACACGACCUCGAGCGAGCGCAGGUGGCGGACGCAGCGGGCGGGAACGGCGCCGCCGAGGAAGGCGUGCAUGGACGGGGGCGCGUCGUGGCACCCCGCCAUUGCCCGCGGCGGCGGCGGGGUGGGUCGCCCGGCCGGAGCCCCUGGGAGGGUUUUGGCGGUGAGCUGGCGGACGGUCGUCUCGGCCAGACGUCGCAGCCGGUCGUCGGGUAUGUGACCCAGACGGAUGGCGCAUGCACGGAGGACCGGGAACGCGGAAAGGGGCGCGACGAACAGGCGGAGCUGCAAGGGCCGGAUGCCGGCGGCGAGCCUUGCGCAGGCCUUCCUCCAGUCCGACAGGGCGUUCUUGCCGUUGCGCGAUAUCCCGGCGAGAGGCUUGUCCCCGCCCCGCGAGCUGCCGCCCUUGCAGUCCAGGUGGUGGUCUUGAGGGCCACGGCGCCGCUCCGCCUGCCUGGCGAGGGUGGCACGGACGAGCCCGGCCAGCACGUAGAUGCGAUGGCGCAGCCCAACUGGGACUGGCACCGCAACACGUUCAACGUCAUGAUCCUGCCACCAGCGAGAUUCCGACCAAGCCCAGCUCUACCGUUGCCUCGCUACCAUCAUUUGCCCAUCCCUUCCUAACGUGUCCGCUUCCAUGCAUAUGGGACACCCACCCAUAUGCAUACCGCCCACCUUUCAAGACAGAGUGCCCAUCCACGCCCGUGCAGACGCUGCCCGUGUCGGUCGCCCACCUGCGCGAGGUCGACGUCCUAAGCGUAUUCCGCUACGCAAACGCCUGCCCGACCGGCAUCCGGCUGCUGCGCACCGCCGCGACGGAGUUGGAGGCCCGGGGCGGGGAGGAGGUGGACGGGGAGGGGACGGGCCGCCGCCGCGGCGUCGCGCCCGGUCAGGCCUUUAGGCUCCCCUGCCUCGGCGACAUGGUCACACACCGGUUCUGCGGCCUGGGAAAGGCAAAGGACGCGUUUAAGCUCGCGGGCCAGACUGCGGAUGGCCAGGGCAGGCUGGUCGUCAAAGUCAUCAUCGACACUUAGUUUCGCCACAUGUCGCCCUUUCCUUUAUCGGUCCGCACCUUUAUUCCCGCGCUGUCUUCUAGUCGUCUUCCCCAAAACGGCUCUCUUCAUGUAAUAUAAAGAACCGGGCGGAUAAACCCAACUAGGUUCCUAGUGGUUUCGCUCAGAGGGGCUUCACUCGGGGCCCAGCACCCACAUUUGACACCGCGAAGCUGUGAUUCUUACUUGAAUAAACGGCAAUAUACACCGUUUUCUCGCCAAGCAACGAUUCUGAGACGAAGCGGGCCAAUU